UUUAAAUAAAAUACGUUGUCAAGUAAAAGGGAUCCACUGAUGGCACGGAGGGAAUACUUUGAACAUGCCCUAGAUUCAUGACUGUUAGUCACAGAAGAUUUCAGGAAGGGCGCAAGUCCGAGUCGCCGCUCCCGUUAAGUUUCUUCCCCUCUGCUUAUUGUAAUUUUGACGCAAUGUUCAACCUUACUGGUAAACAUCGGUGUUUUGCUGAACGAAAUUCAUCAAUAAUUUUCUCGCAAUGUCACCGAUCAAUGACCACCAGUAAAAGAGUUCAAGACAGAAGCAAGAAGAAACGGGUACAUGACCUUGAAAUCGUCACAGAAAAACACAAAAUACUCUCCAAAAUCCUGUUACUAUUUGAAGUCCUCAAAAAGGAGCCUCAACGAGUCAUAUCUAUUAGGGAACUUGAUCGUUACCGAACCCAAAUUAACCUCCCUAAACCCCAUAAAAUCUCCGGUUUUUUACGGAAAUCUCCUAAGCUUUUUGAACUCUAUAAGGAUCAUAGAGGGGUUUUAUGGGUUGGUAUGACAAAGGAAGCUGAAGGCUUAGUAGAAGAAGAGGAGGUUAUUAUUGAAAAACAUAGUGAUAAAGCUGCAGAGGUUGUUACUAGGAUGCUCAUGAUGUCGGUGGAUAAGCGUCUUGCUUUAGAUAAAAUUGUUCAUUUCAGAAGAGAUUUGGGGUUGCCAAUGGAUUUUAGGAACCAUUGGGUGCGGAGGUUUCCUGAUCACUUUCGAGUUGUGAAGCCGUAUAAGCCUUAUGACGAAAGUGAGUAUUUAGAGCUUGUGAAUUGGAGAUCAAGUUGGGCUAUGACGGAGUUGGAAAGAAAGGCGUUGGCGGUAAUGCAGGCGCCGGAUGAUCACGUAGCUGGUGUUCUUUCAUUGUCUUUCCCCAUGAAAUUCCCUCCUAAUUAUAAACAAGUGUUGUCUAGAUAUAAGGGGAAGAUAGAGGGUUUUCAGAAGCGGGAAUACUUGUCACCUUAUGCAGAUGCCAGGGAGUUAAAGGCUGGAACAUUGGAGUUCAAUAAGAGGGCAGUUGCAGUAAUGCACGAGCUGCUGAGUUUUACGAUAGGAAAGAGGUUGGUGACGGAUUACUUAACGCAUUUUAGGAAGGAGUUUGUAAUGCCUCAGAAGCUGAUGAGACUGUUGCUUAAACAUUUUGGGAUCUUUUAUGUUUCAGAAAGGGGUAAAAGGUUUCAUGUAUUUCUCAAUAGUGCUUAUGAAGAUUCUGAAUUGAUCGAGAAACACCCUCUUAUUGUUUGGAGGGAAAAGGUUCUUAGUUUAGUUGGUUACAGAAAGAAGAAGGACACAAUGGAUCCUCUUACAGAUUUGAAGGAAUUAGAGUACAAUGAUACGUUUGAGAGCGAGUCAGAAGAUGAAAGUGUUCAAGUGGAUAAUAACAAGCAGACCAUAGGUAGUUUGGAGGGUGAUUUUCCGGAAAAUGAAUCCGAGAUGGAGAUAGACGAAGUUUGUAGUGCAUACAGGGAAUGAGAAGUUAACUAUUGCAUACUAGCGUGAAGAAUCUUGAGGUCGGGGAUCUUCUUUAAUCGCAUAUUGUAGUCAGAAUUGAUCCUAAUUGACAUGUGCUUAUCCGCACAUUCAUUGAUUGCAUAGAGUAGCAGAUGUUCUUGGUUUACUCCUAAAUUUGCUAAUUCUUUCAAGAUUUACUUAAUGAGUUUGCUAGCCUAGACUUCAAAAGUCAUCAUCUUAAACCCUCCUUUUUUCUUUUGAAAUGGUAACAUUUUUGUAUUUAAGUCAACGGGGCCUGUUAUGGCCAAAGUUACAAGGAAUGAAAUCUAAGUAAAAGCUACAGAAAAGUCUGUUAGAUAUAGAGACUCUAGGAACUGUAUGAGGGUCUCUGUGUCACUUAUAUACUCUUGUUUACACCAAAAAUGCAAAAGCAGAACGCAAUUAAGCUUUAUCUUCUGGAUGGUCUUGCUUUUGUUCUCAAAACAUCUUGAAUUCCUUUCCUUCCAGAUAGUCCACCAUAUGCAGCCUGGAAUCAUACUCCAACUGUUUUUUUGAGCUUUUAUUCCUCCUUUCCUACUCCAACUAGAUAGCCCAGGAUCAUGCAAAACCCUUUUGCUUUUUUGCAUAAAAUAUAAGUCGGGUCUUUAACUCAAUGCACUGAAAGGUCAUGGUGCACUUUGCCGCCUUGUAAUUUUACCAUACGAGAGUCAUGGUUAUGGAGCACCGGAGAGUGUAAUGCAAGUACGCUGGAAGACUGAUAGGUGGCUCCAAAAGCAUUGUGUAUAUACUUCAGAUGUCAAGGCAGAUCUUAGUACGUGCAAGGACAAUGCAGAAGGGACUGUAGAUUUACAAAGCAGACCUGCUGGAGGUGCUCAGGAGCUUGCGAAUUUGGAUGAUGACAAAUUUCACUCUUAUCAGAAGGUCUUUAUUGUGGUUUUGCUUUCAGUUGCAUCUAGAUCAGUUAGUCCUGUGUUUUGAGCUGGGUGGUACUCUACUCUUUAUUAAUGAGUUAACCUGCACAGUGCAUGUUGAAAGUUUCAUCGUUAUAUUGUUCUUAUGAUCAUGCUAACCACUUAUACUCUUGGUUUAUUAGACAUUUGUAGAGUUAAUGAUAGUGGGAGUGGUUUGAAUGUAAAAUCCUUCCCUGCUGAAUACAACUCUGCAUAUGUACCUAUUCUACUAAAGUUCUACUCCAUAAAAUUUUUUCACCUGUGUGACUACUGACAAGGAAUGAAGCAUUAUUACACCGUUCUCUCUCUUUUCUUGCUUUUAUUCAGGGGGCGAGGAAGGGUGGUUGUCGUGGGAUGUUGAGUGGACUUGCCUCUGCUGCUUUUUGUUGAAUAUUGAUGUUCCGGAACUAAUUUUAAGGAUAAACCAUGUCUCUAUCUUGUGCUGAAGUGAAUUCUUUUACUUUUCCAUCUGCAACUUGGAGAUUUGGGUGUUUGUUUUGUAAAUGCUGGCUUAAACAGGUACAUAGAACAACUUGUUGCAAGUGCUGAGGCUGCAGUGGAAGAAGUUAUACGCCGUGGAGUGUCCGAUCCAAACAAAAUUGCUGUUGGCGGUCAUUCCUAUUGGGCAUUCAUGACAGCAAACCUCCUAGCACAUGCACCUCAUCUUUUCAGUUGUGGAAUUGCUAUUUCUGGUGCUUAUAACAGAACACUAACACCUUUUGGAUUCCAGGUCGUCCUCCCAAUUCCUGUAAUGAGGAGAGAACACUUUGGGAGGCGACCCAUACGUAUGUUGAGAUGAGCCCCUUUAUGUCGGCCAAUAAGAAUAAGAAGCCUAUCUUGCUUAUCCAUGGGGAGGAGGACAACAAUCCAGGAACCUUGACCAUGCAGAUUAUACAGUCAGACAGUUUCUUCAAUGCACUGAAAGGUCAUGGUGCACUUUGUCGCCUUGUAAUUCUACCAUAUAAGAGUCACGAUUAUUCGGCGCGGGAGAGUAUAAUGCAUGUACUCUGGGAGACGGAUAGGUGGCUCCAAAAGCAUUGUGUCUAUUCUUCAGAUGUCAAGAUUUCAAGAUUGCAGGUGAUGUGAUGAUUCAAAGGCACCACUACAUAGGAUAACACUUUUAGAUGGAAGCGUGAUAAGGAUGGCAAGUUCUCUGUUGGUAGAAUCAAUCUAUAGGUAAGAGGUAUCCAGGAUGCCUGAGAACAAACUAGGUCCUUGGGGGCAUGUAUGGGGAAGUAUGGCUCCUACUAAAGCUAAGUGCUUUGCUUGCUUGGCUAGUAAUCAGGAAAGCUUGCCUCACUCAUGAGAUUCUACAGAACAAGGGAUUGUCAAUUGUGUCCAGAUGCAUGCUUUGCAGUGAGGCUAGAGAGACAAAUAACCAUCUGUUUCUCCACUAUAAAGUCACUUCUCAGCUUUGGACUCUGUUCCUCAGUUUAACAGAGACCAAAGGGUCAAUGCCAGAACACACAGUAAACUUGUUGGGUUGCUGGAUUAGGAGAGGAGGAAGCAAGACGCAGAAGAAGUGGUGUAGAAUAAUCCCACUGUAUCUGGUGGACUUUCUGGAGGGAGAGGAGCGGAAGAAUCUUUGAUUCUACAGCAUUCAGAAAAUAGGGAGUUGCAUUGCUACUUUCUACCUUUGAUGCAUAGAACAUUGUACAGAACACUAAUUAAUCUCUUGUCCAGCAUACCUUAAUGCUGUGGAAUACAACAUUACCAGUUGCAAUUUAACAAAAAGAAGCUACUUGGAGAUGAAGCCAGGAGUACCUGGUAAGUAUUUUCCGCAAAUCACUGUGCUUCUUUAAUGCCAUGGUCUCAUGGGUGACUAUACUGCGUUCUGCUUUUCACAGUUGCAAUUUAGAUGUGUAAAGCCAUUGUUCAUUAAUUAAAGAGAGUUCAUAUUGGAUUUGAUAAACAUCUUUGUACUGUGUACAAUGAUUACUAAUUGUCAAUUCUGAGUCGAUGCAUCUCUAGGUUCUGAUUUCAGUCUUUAACUUUUUAUGUUGUGUUCUUAUUUGGAGUCGACUUUGCCAUUUGUUU